AUGCUGUCGUCUUCGAAACACCUUCUCUUCCUACCAGCACCAUUCCGUGGCCACCCGACCCCUCGUCCCCAUCGGCCUUUGACGAACCGCCUUCUUGACGACUAUUCUCUCCCUGUUACGACUGUUACGAUCCACGCCUCGCCAUCCUCGACGACGACCGCCCUCCCCGCUCCCGUCCCGGACAGCAUCACGACCCGAUAUCGACGACCCAAGUUACGCAUACCCCGCUCGCAGCUGCCGCUCUGUCUCCGAUACCCCCAUACCUAUCAAUCGCACCAGCUUUCGCGACAAGAAUCGCAGUCGGUUGCCUUCCUGAUGCGCUCGCCGACCAUGCUCGCUUCGCUGCCUCUCGGAUCCUUGCUUCUGCUGCUCUGCCACCUUCUGGCUGACCGCGCUUUGGCCGUACCCGUCCUCGAGCACCGCGGAGCCGUCGCUGCUGCCGCCCAACCGACGCCCGUACCCCGCCGCCUGCCCACCGAUCCGACCCCGGACGACAUCUUCGCCUUCUACGCCCCGCGCCACCUCGACGACGACGACGAAGGCGAUGCGUGGUACGAAUCGAUCGCCCUCGACAGGCACCGGCUCGACGACUCGUAUGCAGCACGCUCGCCGACGACGCCCUCGAAGCGGCAGGCCGACCAGCCUUCGGUCCCGCUCGCCUCGAUGGGCCCUCCGACGUUCCCCGCCGAGUUCCCCUCGUGCCCCAAAUGCGAGGCCGACUAUGGCAAGCUGAGCAGCUGCAUGGGCGCCGCCAGCGUGUUUGCCAACUCGACCAGCAUCUUCAACAACCCCAUGGCGUACAUCAACGUCAUCCGCUGCGCCUGCACCGAUACGUUCCAGUCCGUCUUUCCCCAAUGCGUCGACUGCUUCCAGCACACGAACCAGUGCUAUUACCUCGGAACAGACCCGCAGGGUACGGGCGCCGGUUCGCUGACGAGCAACAUCCGCAACAUCUGCGGCUUUGGGUCGGCGCUGCUGGGCGGCGUGGCGACGGCCAACAACAACGUGGGCACCGCGAUCCCCAGCAGUCCGGGACAGUACACCGACGUCAACACGGUUGGGCAAGGAUACAACGAUCAGUCGACCGGCGCCAUCUUCCAGUCGAAUGCCAGGAGCAGCCUCCCAGACGUCUACGGCGCAUCGUGGUACGCUGCCGUGUUUGGCAUCUCGGCGCUCGCCAUGGUCAUGGGCGGAUGGAGGACGGUGGCAGGCCUCUGA